UAAAAAUAAGUUUAAAGACUAACUGAUAAAACGUCCUUACUAAGUGUGUUAACACAGAAAUUCAAAAUGGCUUUUUAUAAUUACAUUUUUGUAUUUGUUGUUUUUUUCUUGAUGAAUGGUGGAAUAAUGAAACCAGUUGUUGCUCAACAAAUUGCAACGAAAGAUGAUGAUAUUUUGAAAACUGUGUUACAAGAGCUAAAAGUUAUCAAAAAUGAAUUAAACAACUGCAAAAGCUCCAACAGUAAACUUCAAGACGAGGUCAAAAGAUUGAAAGACGAGAUUGACAGGCUUCAUGUAAAGCAUAGGAUUCAAUUAAAAAUGAUUACUGAACAAAAACGGGAUAAUAAAGAUACACCAUCCUGCUAUAACACACAAAGUCCUUCUCGUGUGGCAUUCACUGCCUACUUGGACCACCACAUGACCCACCUAGGUGACAACCAAGCGAUUGUCUACAAUAAAAUUCUUCUCAACGCUGGUGAAGCAUACAAUAUACAUAACGGUAUGUUUACAGCUCCGAUAUCUGGGGUUUACAUAUUUUCGUGGUCGUGCACCGCUCGACGAACGGGUUCUUCUUUUGACAUCUGGGUCACUCUUGUUGUUAAUUCAGCAACGCAGACGACAGCUGUUGCCGAAAGUCAAAGUACAUACUACGAUCACCAAGGCAGCAGCACUGUCAUUAUCCAUGUAAACAAGGGUGACAUUGUAUGGACGAAGAGAUUGUCAAGCGGCGGUGCCGAGAUACACUCCGAGACAGAGAGACGAGUAAGCAGUUUUACAGGGGCUUUGCUAUCCUCCGACGCCUCGUUGACAUAACUUUGAUAUGCCAAUUUUAAAUGGAAGUACCGAAAUCAACAUUUGAUUUUCACUACAAGUUUUUGUAUAUAAUGCUAGAAUAGUUUUUGAAUGCCAUUUGAAGUGUGGAGAGUAUUUCACCAAGUUACACCAGAUUGGUGUUUGCAUGUAAACUAUAGGUUCAUUAACAAAUAAUCAAAGCCUUCGCGUUGUUUAUCGUCUAAUUUACCACGGUUCAGAGUUCAGAUGCGUAGGAAUUGAACCACGAGGGCGUUAGCCCGAGUGGUUAAAUACUGAAGCAUCUGAACGAUGAACCGUGGUAAAUUAGACGAUAAAUCACAAGAAGGUCUUGAUUGUUUUCAUUCUGACAUACACGUCAAUAUAUUUCAAUAAUCAUUAUGCUGGAAUUCAUUUACGAAAGGAGUAAUGUAUCGGACGUCAGGCGGCUACAUGACGUCAAAAUUGACGUCAUAAUGCUCUCUUACCGGUCCGUGCGUCAACCUUUGUUUAUCGCAGGAGAUAUUGCGUUUCAUUUUCUUCUUUGUUUAACUGGAAAUCAAUUCGAGCCAUGUUAGAAUGUUACAUAUAAAACCAACACAAUUGCUAUUUUAUAUUCAUAUCAUUUCAUUGGAUGAAACCAAAUUUUACUCAAAUUACUCGUACUGUCUAAGACAACGAAAUGUUAGGAAUAUAAUAAUCUGUCACUGGUUGUAGAUGCAGAUAGUAAUGUCCGUAACGGAGAGCAACUAUCAAGAUAUUUGAUAUUUAUAUUUAGGUAACGUGUAAACAUGUCAUUAAUGCUGCAAUCGUUAGUUAUCAUUAAAAGCACGAGAGUCAUCUGACAAAGGUGGGUACCAAAUGGUUUUUGUCGAUACAUGUAAAGUCACCGGAAACGCCGGUCCAGUAUGCAAGAAUACGAUAAUCUGUCACUGGUUGUAGAUGCAAAUGGAUAUAUCCGGCUCGAGGGUAACUGCUUUGGCGGUAGCGCAGCACUGCCGAGUUACCGCCAAACUGUGACCCGAGAACCGGAUUUUCCCAUCUGCAUCAACAACCAGUGGAAGAUUAUUUUCAUGCAUACCGUAUUUAACAUAUCAUAGAAUAAAUAAAGCAAAACGAUAUAAUUUCUUUGUGUCUCUCUUUCUUAUAAUAGCGUAUUUAAAAGAAACGUCCGUCAACAGACGUGACGUCAUUAGUUCCGUUUAAGUUUUAUCAUUUGUAGCGUUACGUUAUGUUGUUACCGUAAAGUGACUUAUUUUGAAUUCUAAUAUGGCUAACAAUGCUUUAAUCAUCACAACGAUGUUAUGUUGACGUCACGUCAACGUGAUAUUUAGCGCCAGGUACGCAUCAAGAAAUAGCGCUUUCAAAUUUCAUGAAAUAUUUUAAUAACAUGUUUUAAACGAAAUGUCACAUUGCACAAAUGUUUUGAUUAAUUUAUACACGUACUGAAUUAGUUAUUCGCUUUGCUGAAUAAUUCGCAAUAAUUUUCGCUCGAACUGAAUUCUGCCGCAAGACGUAUUACCGUUUCCGGUCCUGGCGUGUUUUCACAAAUACCUACUAUUGGCGCCAUGCUUGCGCGAAGAAACAGUUCCAUCAUAUUUGAUAUAAAUCUUACAAUAAAGAACAUAUUAGAAUCGAAAUAAUUUAUAGCAAAACAGUGCUUUAUCACUAUUUAUACACUCGGGCGGUUAUACGUCGCCCGAAAUAUACCGGUUUUGCCGGCGUGAGAAAAAUCACCGGAAACGUCUUGCCGGUGUGCAAGAAAAACUGCAAAAGUUCUAUUAAUUCAAAACUUUCUUAACAUUUUGAUAAGAAGAGACGUGUUUUGUUAUCAUCUGUAAGAAGUAAUGUUCUUGUAAGUACUGAUUUUAUCAAUAACCAAAAAAUGUUUG